AUGGCGGGGGCGGCGGAGCAGCCUGGAGGCGUUGUUAGCUUCCGCCGCCGAGGGGCAUACUCGCGACUCAAUGUCUCGUUCCAGCGCAAGGGAUUGAAGGUGAGCGGGGGGUUGCGAAGACUAUCGGGAGAGAUGAAGAUUGCAGCGGAGCGCAAGACGUCGCUGGGCAAGGACUGGCACAGCGCGUGUCUGCGCUGCGAGAAGUGCAACAAGACGCUGACGCCCGGCAGCCACGCGGAGCACGAGGGCAAGCCCUACUGCCACAACCCCUGCUACUCCGCGCUCUACGGCCCCGGCGAAAAGAGUCGAAUGGAAAAAGCAACAAUGACUAGAACGAUAUAA